AUGAUUAAUGUAAAUGUUGGCGUGUUGGGACAUGUAGACUCAGGGAAAACAAGUUUGUGUAAAUGCCUGAGUGAAACGUUAAGUACAUGUGCAUUAGAUAAGCACAAACAAAGUCAGGAAAGAGGUAUAACCAUAGACCUAGGUUUUUCGUCCUUUUAUAUUAAAAAAAAAAAAUGCAAGUUGUUCCGUAAGGGUGGAGAGGAGAGUAACAAAAGGAAUGAUGAAUGGAAUGAUGUACGCAGUGAUGAAAGGAACGAUGCAUGUAUUGAUCAUGGGAAAGGGGAUGGAAGUGCCCUGACCGACCUGGGAACGAAUAAACAAAUGAUCAUAUCGGGAGAGAACGGGUUAAGAAAUAAUUUUAUUGCUUCUUCAAAAAAUGAACGAGAUGAAGAAACAAUUCAGGUAUGUUUGGUCGAUUGUCCUGGUCAUCAUUCCCUACUAAAAUGCAUUGUGAUGGGAGCAGAAAUAACAGAUAUAAUUUUUCUAGUCAUUGACAUAAACAAAGGAAUACAAAAACAAACCAUCGAGUGCUUAGUUCUUUGUGAAAUAGUAAGAAGUGAUAUUAUUAUAAUAUUAAACAAAAUAGACCUAAUACCAAUAAAUGAAAGAGAAAAAAAAAUAAAAUUAAUGAAAAAAAAAAUUGAAGAUGCGUUGAGUAAAACUCGUUUGAGGCAUUUAAAAUAUUAUAUAAUUAGCUUGUCAGCAUAUAUUAAGAGGGAUGACAACAUGAAUGAUGGAUGUGUAGAGCGUGGUUUGUGCAAUAGGGGGAAAGAAGGGAUAGAAGAACAAGAAGAUGAAGAAAGGAAAGAAGUGGAACUAUAUGUAGAUGAAUACAAAACGAACAAUUAUAAGAGAGAAAAUUAUAUCUGCGCAUCGGAUGAAAAAGAUGACGAAAUAAAUUGCAGCCCACGCAAAGGGAAAAGGACACAUCUCGUUAGCAAAAAUGAUGAAAAUACUGGACCAAAAAAGUAUGAGCAGAAGCAUGAGCAAAAGUGUAAGAAAACGUAUGAGCAAAAUUAUGCACACACAUAUGAACAAAAUAGCACACGACGAAAGGAGGAAAGAAAAAGCUGUUUCGCGAAUGUAGAUGCUCUUAUAGACCUACUGUCCAGUAUCGUGAGGAUACCAGUGAAGACAAAGUGCACGUAUGAAGAGUUUUAUUUUCUUUUUGAUCAUUCUUUCGAUAUUAAAGGAAAAGGAACAGCAUACACAGGGACAGUGAUUAGAGGAAGAAUUAGAAAUAACUGCAAUAUUGUUAUAUUGCCAAUAAAUGAAAAGGGGAAAAUUAAGGAAAUACAAACAUUUAAAAAAAAGGUAGAAGAAGGAACAAAAGGAGAUAGACUCUCUCUUUUAAUUUCGAAUAAUAAUUUGAAAAAUACAAAAAAAAUAGAAAGAGGUAUAAUUGUUUUUGAAAAAUCAAAUAUCUCCUAUUUUUCCAUAUUUAUUUGUAAGGUAAAGUUCGUUGAAUUUUACAAAAAAAAUAUGAACAAUGCAGAACUGCUAACCUGUAUAAUAGGAUUUUCCUCUUCUCCUUGUUACGGGUACUUUUUUAAAAAAAUGGUAAAUCAAAAUGGCACAGCGCCAAAUGCGGAAGCCAAUGCGAAAGUCAAUGUGGCUAUCAGUGGAACGUCGAAUGUAACAGUCAACUCAACUAGUCAGUCGGAAGAGUGGGGGCAUAAACCAUUUGAUCGAAACGGACAUUAUGUGUUGGUUGAUAAGAUUAAUUUCUUUACGCCGCAAAGGGACAGAGAAAGUGAAGGUAGUGAACAUGGUAAAGGUAAGGAUAAAAGUGAAAGAAGCGAACACGGGAAGGAUGAGAGUGAAGAGGAAGAAGUCUACUUUUUAACAGUCAUGAAGACGAAAAUAUACUGUUACACUAAUGAAAAGUGCAUAUUUUUAAAAAACGAUGAUAAGCUAAACUGCCGAAUAUGUAUGUAUGGGCAUAUUAUAGACAUGAUUGAUGAUGAUAGGCACCAUAAAAAAAGUCCAUUUAUUGUUAAUAAAAAACCAGCUUUAAACGAAUAUGAAGGUUUUGAAAAUAUGAAAAUAAUGAAUGCAAAGGAAAAAAUUGGAUUAAUUGAAAAGGUAUUUGAUAAUUUCACCCUGCUAUGCAAGAAUAUUUUUACUUCGUCUAGUCAAAUUACCCAAUAUUUGGAUAAAAAAAUUUAUAUUGUUAAUUCAUCUUAUCAAAAUAAUAAAAAUGAAUUCAAAAUAGAAUAUAUUGGUCGUAUAACUAAACCUUUUGCAAAAAAUGGUAAAUUCUUUGCACAGUUUGAUGAAGAUAUAUCUCAUAUUGAAAAAAACUGUAAAUCGUUUAUCGUUCUUAUCAAAUAUUACAAGGACAUAUUGACAAAAAGGAAAAUUUUCCUUUAA